AUGUUUCCCGAUGCCACUUUGAGCCUUUACGCUGGCGGUGUCACAUCCUGGAGAAUCAUGCCUCAGGAGGGUGCAUCAAGCUCAAUAACAGAAUUUGACUACUACCACGAGGUUGAGACAGGCUCAAAGGAAUUUGAAUAUUAUUUUAGAUUCUCCCGCACCGUUGCGCUGGAGGAUCUCGAACUUGUCGAGAGGGCGCAGAUAAAUCUCAACUUCGGCAUCUAUACCGAGAGGCUUCUCAAUCCAGAUCAAGAGAAUGAUUAUCAAACUCAGGUUCUCGACACGUGCUCUGCUCAGUUUGAGAAAGAAUGGGAACAGGACACAAGCUGGUCGGCGCAACCGUCACUGUCCUAA